AGGCUUGCUACUGAUUGCAGAAAUAAAUCGUCUGAUCGAUGCGCUCUAGCUGUAGUUGUGGACAGAUGACAAUGCUCUGAGCUGUCCGUUGUCUCUGUGCGCGUGCUUGUGCCUCUAUGGCCCUUGCGCGCUAGUCGGAUCGCCGAUCUUCAACGACCCAAAUGGCGGACAAGGCAGUAACCAUCAGAACUAGUAAGUUCAUGACCAACAGGCUCCUCUCCCGAAAGCAAUUCGUCAUCGAUGUCCUUCAUCCAGUAAGGCCCAAUAUUUCCAAGACUGAGCUAAAGGAGAAGCUGGCAAGGCUGUACGAAGUAAAAGACGUAAACUCGAUCUUUGUUUUCAAGUUUCGAACUCACUUUGGAGGUAUAAAAUCAACUGGUUUUGGGGUGAUUUAUGAUUCUGUUGAGAAUGCAAUCAAAUAUGAACCCAAGUACAGUCUCAUCAGGAAUGGACUUGAUACCAAGGUAAAAAAGUCAAUAAAGCAGUCGAAGGAGAGGAAGAACAGGGCUAAGAAAAUCCGUGGGGUGAAGAAGACUUCAGAUGCUGCCAGGAGGGUACGUGCCGACCCAGAAAAAUUGAGGGCAAUGUUGGAUUGGCCCAUCCCAAAGUCCGUUAAGGCCCUAAGAGGUUUCCGUGGGUUAACAGAGUGUGAUGCCUCAGGAGAGGCCAUUGGAGUGGUGUUAAUGCAAGGGGGAAGGCCGAUAGCUUUUUUCAACAAAGCCUUAAAAGGAAGGGCUUUAGCAAUGUUGGCAUACGAGAAGGAGUUGUUUGCACUAGUUUCAACUGUGCAAAAAUGA